GAUCGACUCUGAGUGCUUCUCGUACUGACCUGCGGACCGACUGCAGGAUGGGCCCCUGGCUGGAGACAAUAUCACAGCCACUUUGGGGGGGCCCGCCUGCCCAUAGGGAUCAGGCUUCAAGGACAUAGGCUCAAGCCCAACAGACAGCUACCGCAGAAAACGGAAAGACUUGGGCGGGCAGGCGAUUGGACGCGGUGCCAGAAGCGGAAGCCGGAAACUGUUUCGGUGUCGCCCGGGAUGACUGAAGCGGCGGCUGUUGCGGCCGAGUCCCUUGCGGGUAGCAAGGCGCGGGCGGCGCGCACCGUGCUGGGUCAGGUGGUGCUCCCGGGCGAGGAGCUGCUGCUGCCAGAGCAGGAGGAUGUGGAAGGCCCGGGAAAUGCAGGGGAGCGACCGCUGCGCCUAAAUGCCGGCGUGCGCUCCCGGGUGCGCGUUGUGUGUGGUCCGGGCUUGCGGCGCUGUGGCGACCGCCUGCUGGUCACCAAGUGCGGCCGCCUGCGACACAAGGAGCCCAGCGGCGGCAGCAGCGGCGGCGGCGGCGUUUACUGGGUGGACUCGCAGCAGAAACGGUACGUCCCAGUGAAAGGAGAUCACGUGAUUGGCAUAGUGACAGCUAAAUCUGGAGAUAUAUUCAAAGUGGAUGUUGGAGGGAGUGAGCCAGCUUCUUUGUCUUACUUGGCAUUUGAAGGUGCAACUAAAAGAAACAGACCAAAUGUACAGGUUGGAGAUCUCAUUUAUGGACAAUUCGUGGUUGCUAAUAAAGAUAUGGAACCAGAGAUGGUGUGUAUUGACAGCUGUGGACGAGCCAACGGAAUGGGUGUGAUUGGACAGGACGGCCUGCUUUUUAAAGUGACUUUGGGCUUAAUUAGAAAGCUGCUGGCUCCCAACUGUGAGAUCCUGCAGGAACUGGGAAAACUCUACCCACUGGAGAUAGUGUUUGGAAUGAAUGGAAGAAUAUGGGUGAAGGCGAAAACCAUUCAGCAGACCUUAAUUUUGGCAAACGUUUUAGAAGCUUGUGAGCACAUGACAGCAGAUCAAAGAAAACAGAUCUUCUCCCGACUGGCAGAAAGUUGAUCUAUGUGGACUUUUUUAGGGUCAGUUGAAUCAAGAGACUGUGGAUUCCCUGGGGAAGUUUUUUGUCAGGGGACCCUCUCCCUAUUAAAUCUUCAGAAGACAAGAUAUUGUCUUAUUAGAGUCUUAAAAAAAUCUUUUUAUAAGAAAGUCACUGGUUGCCACCCAUGUUCUUAUGGGUGAGAAAAACCAUUAUAAAAUAAUGGUGUAUUUUUUUGUCUUUACAAUAAAGUUUACCAAAAGUUAGUAUUAUGGUUUACUUGGUGUUAACUUCCUCAGUUUUGCUAGAGCAGGUUCUGUAAUAAACUAGAAGUAAGCAUUAAAAUAAUGAUCAUUUUCUGAUAAUAGUAGAACAUGUUCACCAAAGAAAAUGCAGCAUAAAGUAUAAAGAAGCAAAUAAAAAUCACCUGUAAUCCCAUUAUUUAGUGGUGAGUAGGUAACAGUUAAUUAUGUUUACAUAUCAUAUAUUGUUCCGAGUGUUCUGCUUAGAUUAGCUCAUUCUUAGUAACUGCAGAAGAGACUCGUCCUCCUAGUGCAAGAAACUGAGGCAGAGAUUUUCACUUGGCUUAUGUUCUCAACCACUGGGCCCAGAAGGACACAAAGAUACCCCCAGGACGUGCCCUGUAAGGAGGCUACAGUGGGAAGAGAGGCCCUCCAUGCCCUACGUGGAACACGGUAGACAAGGCAGGAGCCACAGGC